AAAUUUAGGGUAUAAACUGCGUUAAGCGUGCCUCUCGCGUGUCCAUACAAAAACGACCCGCGCGUGCCCAUGCGCGUGCACACGCUCGUGAGCCCGUCGCGUGAUACUUCCGUGCAAUGGGGCACGCAUGCACGCGACGUGAUCACGCAUCACGUUGGACGGGUCCACGCGCGAAGCCCGCUAGCGGGUGCACGCGCGUGCUUGUUCAGUUGACAGCGCUAUCUCGAACCGACCGCACGCGCGUGCCCGGCCCAUAACAAAAAAUGACAAAUUUUGAUACAGAAAGGGUAAUUGUUGAAGUUCAGUGUCGUCCUGCCAUAUGGGACCAAUCAAGCGAAAUAUUUAAAGACCGGGACGCUAAAUCAAAAGCAUGGCUAGACAUUUGUAAAGUACUGUUUGAAAAUUUUGAUGACUGGAGUGAAGCAGAAAAAAACAUACAAGUGAAAAAGCUGCAGCAAAGAUGGAAAACUGCAAGAGACACUUAUAUAAGAGUGAGGUCUACUAAAAAAAAACUUAAAUCAGGCUCCGGUUCCAGGGCAAAUAAAACAUACGUUUACUAUAACAUGCUGUCAUUUUUAGAUUCAAACUCGAAUACUCAAGGAGAAGAAUCGGCAGACAAUUUUAAUCAGUCAGUAGAGCAAAACGCGUCACCGAGAACUUCACAAAAUAAUACGAUUAUUGAAGAAGAUUUGAUUAAUGUACCUAGCACCAGCUCCAGCGUUACCAAAGAAACACGAUCUUCCAAGAAACGUAAGUGCGAAUCGCCAACUGAUUUCGAAUUAGAGUUGUUAAAUUACGUGAAGAAUAACACUGCAGAUAAUAUGGACGAAGACUUGAAUUUUUUUAAGUCAUUAUUACCAACUGUAAAAAAAUUGAGUUGCUUUAAAAAAUUAUUAUUUCGUACGAAAGUAUUACAAGCUUUAAUUGAUAUUGAAAAAGAAAUGAUUAUUACCAUUGAUGACCUUUCAUUAACGCAAAAUACGGUAACGAAUGAUUUAGAAUCCUUAAAUGUAAGAUCAGAUACGAACAAUGAAUAAAUAGGUAACAAGAAAGACUUUGAAGAUUUGAUUAAGACUGUUUAAUUAUUAAGAACAAAAGAAAGAGAAGAACAUGAAGAACUAUUUAAGUUAGUAAAAAGCGCAAUUUUAUAUUUAUAUUUUUCUGGUCUCAUGUGCAAUUAUUAUGAUAUACAAGGGCAUUCGCCAAAAGUUUACAAGCCUUGAGGUGUCAUGUUCAUAAGGAAAGAAACGGGGU